AUGGUUCGCACUAUUGCGAUGGAUGGAACAGAUGGCUUGACCCGCGGUCAGAAGGUCAUCGAUACUGGUGCCCCUAUCACUGUGCCUGUGGGCGAGCAGACGCUGGGACGUAUCAUCAACAUCAUCGGAGAGCCGAUUGAUGAGCUUGGCCCGAUUGAGACCAAGAAGUUUUACGCCAUCCACCGCCCCACGCCUACCUUUACGGAGAUGAACACCACAGCGCAGCAGCUCCUUACGGGCAUCAAGGUGGUCGAUCUCCUGGCACCCUACGCCAAGGGUGGUAAGAUUGGCCUCUUCGGAGGGGCAGGUGUCGGAAAGACGGUGGUGAUCAUGGAGCUGAUUCACAAUAUUGCUUUGAAGCAUGGCGGCUACAGUGUCUUUGCCGGCGUAGGCGAGCGUACGCGUGAGGGCAAUGACUUGUACCACGAGAUGAUGGCCAGCGGAGUGAUCAAGAAGGACAAGGCACCUGGCUCCAAGGCAGCUCUCGUGUACGGCCAGAUGAACGAGCCCCCUGGAGCCCGCGCGCGGGUGGCCCUGACCGGCCUCACGGUCGCUGAGUACUUCCGUGAUGAGGAGGGCCAGGAUGUGCUGCUUUUCGUGGACAACAUCUUCCGCUUCACGCAAGCUGGUUCCGAGGUGUCUGCGCUGUUGGGCCGUAUCCCCAGUGCUGUCGGCUACCAGCCCACGCUGGCCACUGACUUGGCAUCCCUGCAGGAGCGAAUCACAACCACGCAGAAGGGCUCCAUCACGUCCGUGCAGGCCGUCUAUGUGCCGGCCGAUGACCUGACGGACCCCGCCCCCGCCACGACCUUCGCCCACCUGGAUGCAACUACGGUGCUGUCGCGACAGAUUGCUGAGUUGGGCAUCUACCCCGCAGUGGAUCCGCUGGACUCCACCUCCCGUAUGUUGGACCCGUCCAUCGUGGGCCAGCGCCACUACGACAUUGCUCGAAGCACUCAGAAGAUCCUCCAAGAUUAUAAAUCUCUGCAGGAUAUCAUUGCCAUCUUGGGCAUGGAUGAGCUUAGUGAGGAGGACAAGCUGACAGUGGCCCGUGCCCGCAAGGUGCAGCGCUUCCUGUCGCAGCCCUUCUUCGUGGCAGAGAUCUUCACAGGAACCCCGGGAGCCUUCGUGGAUUUGGAGACCACGAUCAACGACUUCGAGGAGGUUUUGUCCGGAAACUGCGACGACAUCCCCGAGGCGGCUUUCUACAUGAUCGGUGGCAUGUCCGAUGUCAAGGAGAAGGCUGCCAAGCUGGCGGCGGUGGCAGCGGGCAAGUGA